CCCGGUUCGGGGGCGCGCCCGGCCCGCCGCAGGGGAGCGAGCGCUAGGCUCGCGUGCCCGGGCGCCCAGCUCUGGAAACCGCGUCGCCGCGCAUCGUCGGUGCCGGGGGCUCCCCGACACAAAGGCUGGUGGGAUGUGGAAGCAACUGGGGAACCGACAAAGGGAAACCGAAAGCCGCGGGCCUGGCUGAUGACGGAGUGAAGGCGCCGCGCAGCUCUCCCGACGCUGGCGGUACCCGGGCCUGCUGGUGCCGCAGCCAUGGCCAUUGCCCACCUGGCCACCGAGUACGUGUUCUCGGACUUCUUGCUGAAGGAGCCUUCGGAGCCCAAGUUCAAGGGGCUGCGGCUGGAGCUGGCCGUGGACAAGAUGGUCACGUGCAUCGCCGUGGGACUGCCUCUGCUGCUCAUCUCGCUGGCCUUCGCGCAGGAAAUCUCGAUCGGUACACAAAUAAGCUGUUUCUCCCCAAGUUCUUUCUCCUGGCGCCAGGCUGCCUUUGUGGAUUCUUAUUGUUGGGCUGCCGUCCAGCAGAGGGACUCCUUGCAGGGAGAUUCUGGAAAUCUUCCACUGUGGCUGCAUAAGUUCUUCCCCUACAUCCUGCUGCUGGUUGCGAUCCUCCUGUACCUGCCCUUUCUUUUCUGGCGUUUCACAGCUGCUCCUCACCUCUGCUCAGAUCUGAAGUUUAUCAUGGAAGAACUUGACAAAGUUUACAACCGUGCAAUUAAAGCCGCAAAGAGUGUGCGUGACCUGGACGUGACCGACGGUGCCUGCCCGGGUCCGGGUGUUAGCGAGAACGUAGGGCAAAGUCUGUGGGAGAUAUCUGAAAGCCACUUCAAGUACCCCAUUGUGGAGCAGUACUUGAAGACAAAGAAAAACUCCAAUAAUUUAAUUGUCAAGUACAUCAGCUGCCGGGUGCUAACACUCACGGUUAUACUGUUAGCAUGCACGUACCUGGGCUAUUACUUUAGUCUCUCCUCCCUCUCAGAUGAAUUUGUCUGCAGCAUCAAAUCAGGGAUCCUGAGAAAUGACAGCACCGUCCCUGAUCGGUUCCAGUGCAAACUCAUUGCAGUCGGCAUCUUCCAGUUGCUCAGCUUCAUUAACCUCAUGGUUUAUGUUCUGCUGGCUCCCGUGGUUGUCUACACGCUGUUUGUCCCAUUCCGACAGAAGACGGAUGUUCUCAAAGCAUAUGAAAUCCUGCCCACGUUUGAUGUCCUGCAUUUCAAGUCUGAAGGGUACAAUGACUUGAGUCUCUACAAUCUUUUCUUGGAGGAGAAUAUAAGUGAGCUCAAGUCAUACAGGUGUCUUAAGGUACUGGAGAACAUUAAAAGCAGUGGUCAGGGCAUCGACCCAAUGCUUUUCCUGACCAACCUUGGCAUGAUCAAGACGGAUGUUGUCGAUGGCAAAAAACCCAAGCCUGCAGACACGACGGGAGAGGAGCCAGGGAACCAAAUGGCAGAGCUCAAAGAUUUGAAUGUACAUAAUGAAACUAAAAGAAAUAACGGUGAGAAGAAUGCUCGACAGAGACUUCUAGAUUCUUCUUGCUGAUGACUUUUUUCCUUGAACCUCAGACCUGUGACCUCAGUGACACGGGAUUCAUUUUGGUGAAGCACCUCUGUCGGUUCCCAGCCAGUGUGGUGUGCAGCAGGUGGUCCUUGGGAGAGAGAUGAUCAUAUCCUGCUGAGUCCCUGAUGCAAGUGAUGGUCAGCAACACGUUGUGGAAGGACGUGUUGGAAGAAGAACAGCGUGCUUCGUGAUCUUGCUAUGCGAUGGGUGAACCACGGCAUCUGUCUGCGGAAGUCCUCAUCAAGUGAAAAGUGGGAAGACUCAUCAGGCCUCUUUAGUGCCUCACAGGAACAUGGGGUCUGUGGAGAUGGUGGGAUGGAACUCAGAGCUACUAGAGAGCAAGGACUUCAGAUUUUUCUGUUUUAUGAAAUAAUCACAAACAUAUCAGGACACAAUUUAAUAUGAAUCUCUAUGUGUCCUCAAUGACUGAUGGACAAAAAAAGCCUACACUGGCUGACUGUGGACCCAGUGGACCAGCUCUUGACGGCGCCUUAAAUGGGGAACAGUGCUGGUGCCUCGGUUCACGUUCACCUAGACUCUCCGCACUGCUGCCUGUCGGCUUUGGUUCACUGAAAUCCUCCAACCACUAUUUGUCGUACUCUGCUGUGAAGGGCAGCAUGCCCAGGCUCUGCCCUGCUGAAAAUUUAGUUGAGAUAGAGUCUAACAGUUAUUUAAUUGUGAUCUCUGUUCAGGAAAGUUUGCUUCCAAAAGCGCCCAGUAGAGAAAUCUGAACAUACAACAGAUUAAUGCAGACACUUUCCAAGAGAUUUUCUGUAGGGCAUUCCCUGGUUAUCAAAAGCACUUGAAACAGGACAUUAAUUAAACAAAUUAACAGAACACAAGAUGCUUAAAGUGAGGGGCAUUUUGCCUAUUAUGAUGAGAAUGUGUAAAUGACAUCUGCCAUAUGGUGCACUUGGAAUCAGAACAAGUUAGCUGUUUAUUUAUGUUUAAGCAUGUCUUUCAAAAAUCCAUUUUAAUUUAGAACCCUAUGAUGUCAAAAUUGAGGCCAUGGGGGAAGAAUGUUCUAGCAUGGAUAGAAAAUUAUAGAAUAAAUGUUACAAAUACCCAAGCAUUAUAUCAUAAACAUUUAAGACCAACUCUGAAUCAUAUAAAAAAACUUUUCCCAAUUCUGACCAUGUAAAUAGAUCCUAACUAUGUUUACAUUUUAUGCAAAAUUCUUUAAAAUUGUAUCUGUGGACCUCCUUGUUUUUAUUCUUAAAAAAUUAACAAAUUGCAAAAGAGUAAUCCUCAGGAACGUCAAAAUUUACCUUUGCCUACUGGGGAGAGGUGUUUUACCUAAUCUAAUUACUGUUUCAUGAAGAACAAGUUAUAUAAGCUGUUUUCUGCUUUUUCAAAAUUUCAACAGACUUUUCAACAGAAGCAGAUUUUUUUGUGCCUCUGUGAUGGUUUCUGCUAUAGAAAGCUAAUGAUAAAUAUCAAGGAUGCUAUCAGUACUUUAUUCUUACUACAUGAUAUUUAUUACCAUUGAAUAACAGUGUGACUUUGAAAUGGCAGUAAUCUAAUCAGUCUUGCUACAUAUUUAUAUCGCUGCAUCUAAGAAGUUCCAUCACAAGUCUCUACACUGGUUUCUUUUCACAAUUUGAGAAGAUAUUCUAAAAUAUAUUUUUCUAUGAUAAUGCUUCUCCCCCCCCCAAAAAAGCCCUGUAUUCUCUGUAGAUUACCCCUAAUUUGUAUUUUGAAGUGGUAAAAGUCGAUACCUUCUUUUAGGACAUCAGGAACUCGCUAAGCCCUGUCAUGUGCCAUCCUUUUAAAAGAAUUAGGUAAUUGGAGUCUUUGGCUCUAUUCAUUUCCUUAUCCCUACUCUGAGCUCCAGUAGGGGCUGUGAUGUCCCAGACAUCACACUAGUCACUGGCUGUGGGGCUGGGAAUAAUGUGGCAGGUUGGUGUCUUUGCAGAGUUCAGAGUUUAGUAAAAACAAUGGCAGCUACCGGGAGGAAGAGUAGCCACAAUUAAGUCCCUUCCAGGAAACUCCCUGCAAAUGCUCUUUUGUCUUUGGACACACUCUGUCCCAUACUUUUGAGAGUCUAGUUGCAGUUUUCCCCAGAGGUUCUUUAGCCACAAAUCCCCCAGGCUGAACCUUGGACAGAGCAGUAACAUAGAUAAUGAUUUUAAAUAGCAAGAGCUCUGAUGGCCUUUUGUACCUUACCUCACACGGGGUGGGGAGGACAAGCCCACAACAGCGUGAAAUUGCUUGUGAACAAUAGUCAAUGGUGCUAAAAGGCUGACCGGGAUGCCUGGUCGCAGCACAUUUUGACUUAGGAAAAAGUGUUAGAGGAUUGUUAACUCAUGCAUUCAUAAAGGACUAGUUUGGAGAGGCCAGUUUCCUGAGGCUGAAGAGUCAUUCAUUGCUUUUUAAAAGAGACAAAGUAAUCCUAAACAACCACACCAAGGUUUGAUUUUAAAAGGCAAAUGGUCCUCCACAGGAGAGGGGAGGAAUGGCUCAUUUAGCCUCUUGGUAGAGAGAGGGGUGUUUCAGCAAAAGAACAGGCUUCCACAUAUAAGUAGUCACCGUUCUUUGCUUUUUAAUUGUGGAAUGAGUCGUGACCGCUUUUCAGGUUUAAUGCAAGUUCAGUGUUGUAGCGCAAUGAUUAGAAAAACUGGUUUUAAAGGUCCUGGUCUCGGUAAUUUCCCAAGAAAAACCUCUUGAAAAGGGACACCGAUUGAAAUGUGCAAUUACCAGUAACUGAGGUUUCAUCUGAGGGCAUUGAGAUGAAUUUGCUCCUUCUGGGCCAUCCUGGGCAUUUUGGCCCUGUUUUUCACAAGUAAAGUGAAACCUUUAAAAAAAAGGUUGACACAGAUUGCAUUGUGUCAUUUGUGGAGUGUAAUAGAUUUUAGUUCAUGAUUCUUCUGUGCUGCCUGCUUUAAAUGAAAUGUAUUAUGUUUCCAGGUUUCUUUCAGCUGUAAAAAUAGUUGCCACUUAAAGCAUGUGGCUUGACCAGUAAUUGCUCUUCGAGUUCUUGAAAGCUCCUCAGGCAAGUGCUUCCCCUGCCCACCCGAGGGGGAGAAUCCUUGUAGAAUUCUAGUUGUCACAAGCAUUCCCUGCAAAAACUGACGCCAUCAGCUCCUCUUUCACAAGUUGACUUUUUUAAAGCCCCAUAAUGAUAAUUUAUCAGUGUUCUCACAAGUGGUGCUCUAAUUGUAAUUUAAAUUCUUUUUAAUGACUAAAUUUCCUCCAGACUUUUAAAGAAAAAUGCAUGUUCUUUGUGCUGUGUCGUUCAGCAAGAAUGACUGGUUUCUAAUACCACAGAGACUGAAGGGUGAGAACAUAUCAUGGUGUUAGAAAAUGGCCUUUAAAAAAGCACAAGGAUCUUGAAAGCUCUGCAUUUUGGUGGUCAUCACUAUUACCUUUCAUACUUCUGUUAUCACUAUCACAUCACCUAUUUGCAUAAGUCACUUUUUCAAGUUCUGCAUUCUGAUCAUGCUGACCUCCAUGUAAAUAGGCAUGAAAGGCUGAAAAACCAAGGCUGUUGUGUCUACAGAUAAAAGGUGAAACACGGUUUCGGUCCUGCACUGCUGUAUCCACCUAAAUAAAACUUCUCCAUAGUG